UAAUAUUUAAAGUACAACCUAUCUAAGGUAUUUGUUUACAAUUGUGGUGCGAGUUAAUGUUAUGCGACUGAAACAUGGAUAACCAAAAACGUGUUGAAAGGAAAUUGAAGGAGAAAAACUACAAGAAAUUCACAGGGAACAAAGAAGAAGGACAGGGAUUUGCAGAUAGGAGAAAGAGAAAAAUAGAACAUGAAUAUCGAAAAAUGUUAAAGAAGGAGAAGAAAGCAUCAGCAGGAAAUGCCAAACAUAUUUCUGUAUUGGACGAGCUUUCAGAAGAAGAGGCGACCUCAGCAGGUCCUACUGAAAGCAAGCAAAGAUCGUCACAUAAACCUGUUGGGACAUAUUCAAAGGCACACCAUGAAUACAAACAGACGAAAAUGGAGAAAGAUAGAAAAAAGAAGGAGGCUAGGAAGAGAAAGCAGGCGGUAGAUACUGCCCUAGAGAAGUACCAGCAGAAGCGACAGGCGAACUACAAGCUGCUCUGUAAGAGGACCAGCCGAGGACAACCAAUCAUGAAGCACCAGAUGGAGUAUCUGCUGGAGAAGAUCAAGAAACAGAAAUCCUCCAAGACGUAGGGCAGUGUCGGAGUCGUGGACACCCAGGGCUAGUACAGACUAUGAUACCAGGCCCUGCCGUCACCAACCCUCCUCCAAUUAAUGCUCCACCUCAAGUCUGAGUAAUGACAUCAAAUUUGUGCACUUUUUAUGAAAAGAUUUGAGGAGAAAACCAAGUUGAGUGAUUAAACACUGUUGGUGAUGGCAGGGCCUAAGCUGCAGGGGUGCAUUCUCCUUCUGGUAACUUAUUCAUGGACUUGGGGAAUGUAUUUAUCUUGAGCUAGAGCAAAAUGGUUUCUGAUAUCAGACUUUUGUUUGACAAUACAUGUAUCAUGUGUAUAUGGGACUGAAGAGAAAUUUGAGAGUAAGAGAUGUUCAUUAUACUUUUCUGAAAUGAAAUAGAUUUAUUAAAAAUAUGAGAUACCCUUA